AUGCGGCGAUUUUCCGUUGUCGGUGCGUUGCUGGGCGUCAGUUGCAGUCCGCCGCGUCGGACGCCAUCGACUUCGUCAUCUCUACCGCUCUCCUCAUCUUUGUCUUUGGCGUUUGGGUCCCCAAGCGGCCAUGUUGUCGUGUCGCAGCGGUUUAAGGCCAGUUACAUUCGUGUGGCCAACCGCAAGCGUGUCGAGAUGUUUCUUGCCAAGCGAUUUCACCUUCCGACGCGACUGAAGACGGCCGCGCCGGAGAUUGCAGCGGAGUGGGAUCACGAAAAGAAUCCAAUGCAUCUUUACCCGGAGAUUGUUGGCAUCGGUCACGUGGCCCCAGUCUGGUGGAGGUGUGGCGCAUGCCAGCACUCCUUUUCGAUGAGCGUUGAAAAACGUGUUGUGCGUGGCGGAGGUUGCCCGGCCUGCACAGCGGUCAAGGCUGCGGAGGGUGAGCCAAAGGGGGUGAACGCGUUGGAGGGGGAGCGGAAUCCGGACCUUCGCCCCAAGCGACCAGUGAUGUUUAACUUGCGAACAAAGUACUGA